AUGCACGAAGAAUGGUUACCUCUGGCCCCAUUGUUCUUGCGAAGACUCAUAGAACGUUGGAAGCCGGUAGACAAAGAAGACAAGUGCAAAUGUGGUGGAAUAUUGGCCUGGCGUUGUCGAACGUGCUUGGGUCUACCAACGUUCUGUUCCAAGUGCUGCAGGCAGGCACAUCUCCACCUAGUGCACCACCGCGUUGAUGUGUGGGAUGCCGAUCAUUGGCGGCGUGCAUCGCUAUUUGAUCUUCGGAUGCAGGUACAUUGCGGUCAUGAUGGCGAGUUAUGUCCGAACCUCACUGCGCAACCUCCUGGGUCCGAUGAAGAGGAGACGGUAGUCGACGAAGAUGCCGGCAUUGGGUCCAAUGCCGGUGAUAUUAACCACGACCCUGCCGGCAAUGCCACCAACACCGCCCCACCGAACAUACCCAUCUACCGAGGGGAGCGCAUUCUCACGGUGGUACACACCACUGGCAUUCAACGCCUGGCGUUCACAUUCUGCAAGUGCGCAAAUGCAGAUUCCGAGGCUGAGCAACUUCUGCUUCGCGGAUUUUAUCCAGCGUCGGUGAAGCGUCCAGUCACGGUGUUCACAUUUGCUUGCCUCGACGACUUCCUCCUGACAAAUCAGCAAUGCAAAACGUCUCCAUGGAACUAUCACAUGAAGCUCUGUCGCGCGACCGAUGGGGCAUUUUGGGGCUCUGUCCAGCUGGGCUACAAGGCUCUCCUCCGCACGUCCAGGCAAUACCGAGUGCUGAAGUGGAAACUUCACGCAGGCAUCGGUCAUGAGGAACCGAGUACCGAGAUGAGGCCUGGUAGAUUAGCAAUAACCUGUUCUGCUUGUCCCCGACCGGGCUUCAACACACCCCCUGGCUGGGCCGGGAGUGCCGAAGCCCGCGAAUAUCCUGCAUCAACGGCACACGACGGCAGCUUUAACUUGGAGCACAUGGUUAUGAAAAACCCGGAAGACGAUCUACAGUUCGUUUCGGGUGAACUGUACACUGUCGACCCAGGACCGUUUGAUGCACAUUUGGAGGACGCACUUACAAGGGCAAAAGAUGAGCGGGUUGCCGCAACAUGCAACGAGCACCGAGCCACCAAAGAGUCCCUUGGGGGCAAGGCGCAUCUGGAUGCAACAGGAAUUGGUGCCUCUGCCUGCUCGAGGCAUGGAUUCUUCAUUCCUCACACGGUCGUGGACUUUCAGCGCGGUGAAGCCCAACGGAACAUGGACUACUCGGUACACUGGGCAUGGAAGUGGUUCGCCGGCUACACAACUUUUGUCCUCAUCUACGACAUCGCCUGUCAGUACCACAUCAACGCGCGCAAACGAUUCGAAGCAUCUCCGUUCCUUCAGUGGCCCAUUGCCGCUACUUUCUUUUGGGCUAUCGGCCAAUUCCACGUUCACGGCCAUCAAAAUCGGUGUUAUGCUCGGCAUUCGCUGAGCUUCGUCCCCAACGUCGGGCACCAAGACGGUGAAGUGGUCGAAACCUUGUGGAAACCAUUGAAUUUUAUCAAGGAUAGUAUUCGUGGGAUGGCUACUUCGCAUCGCAAAGAGGUUAUCGACGCUCAUAUGCAAGAUUCUAAUUGGAUGAAGCUCUGUCGUCUCCCAAAAUCACUUGUCGACAAGUGGAAGGAAUCAGUGGAAGAGUACACUGCAGCAAAAAAGGCCUUUGAAGACAUCGACCGUGUUGCUAAUGAGGAAGAGCGCGCCCAAUGGAAACAAGAGAUCCUCGAUGCGCGAGAGGCACGCAAAACCGAUCCCUCCGCCAUGGACAUUUUUACACCAAAAAAAAUCAAACCGGCGAACAAGACGCAAGUCAGGACGGCUCUCUUGAACGGUGACACAACGCACAUUGUAUCACUCGAGAGCCCGAUCUCAGUGGACCUCCUUGCGUGGCUCUCUUUGGGAAUCGGCAUAGACCGCCAGAGGGUGGUCAUUGCUCGAUUGGUUCGGGACCUUCGGCAGAGCUCGACUGACAAGGCGAAACUGACGAUUUCCGAGAAGAGGCAACGGCUGUCAUCGGACAUUCGGUCGUUCAAUACCGAAGCUGCAAAGCAUCUCCGUAACGCCCCUCCAAGGCUGGUCGAUGGCCCCGGCGAUCUUGGCGAAGAAUGGGAUUCCCUGGAAGACUACGGGACUGACGCAUCAGCCCCUGCGCCACAGGCAACUGAAUCCGGCAGUCCGGAACAACUUCCCAUUCUCAUGCCGUCAUCACUUGGUAUUCGGUAUUGCAAGGAUCAUGGUCUGGUGGACGUCGUCUAUGCAGAGCGAGAACUCCGGAAAGGAGAGAUGAAUGAAUGUCUCUCCGGCGUUCGCGACGGGAUCGACACCAAAUCCUACCUUUACUAUGCUCGAGUUCGCAACGCCACUUCCGUCCGCACAUCGCUCCGGUCCUUUAGCGAGAUUCGGACGGUCGACCACUCGGUAGCGAAGUAUGUCCGGCUCUACAUGCUCUCUCGCACCACGCUCGCUGCCCUGUACGACCCGAACGACCCUGAAGAUGUCAAGAAGAAAACGGAUGAUCUAGCCAUCUACAAGCCCAUCACGAAGUCCGAUCUCACUGUCAACACCACGAUCCUGGAAGCAACGACCAGGGGUGCUCGCAACAAACACCCUUCAUGGAUUUGGACGUUCACCGGAACAUCGGAAGAGGGUUCCACCUUCUACAAUGAUGAAAGUAAGUUGCUCCGCUCGCGGGGUUAUGAGCGAAAGGACCGUUGGUGGGAGAACCUGAAGGCGCUCGACCUGGAGAUGCUUUGUGUGGUGCUGGAUUUUGCACGCCUGAAGGAGAAUUGGUUCGGCCGUGCCGUUUUCACGGCAGAUUCACCCGGCCAUAAGUGUUAUGCUAACGGUCAAGCUCGAAUGUGGGAGCGAAAGGAGAAGCAGAGCGCAGAAAUGUUUCGCAACGUGCGUCGCGCGCAUCCCAAACCUCUCCAGUAG